GUCCCAGAGAAUUAAAAGAAUCUCAGGCAAGAUGAAUACUUUGAUUACUUGUGUAGUUCUGCUAGUUGCCAGUUCCUGUACUCAUGCCGGUGGCAAAGGAGGUGUUGGUAUAGGAGGCGGAUCCCUCAGUGGAUCACUACAAGGAUCUCUAGGUGGAAGUUUGGGCGGUGGACUCGGAGGUGGACUUGGAGGUGGUAUCGGAGGAGGAAUCAGUGGUGGUAUCGGAGGAGGAAUCGGUGGUGGUCUCGGAGGUGGUCUCGGCGGAGGUUUUGGCGGUAGUGGAAUUUCCGGUUCUCUCAGUGGUUCUCUAAGUGGAAACUUGGGAGGUGGACUCAUUGGUGGUGGUGGUGCAGGUGGAUCAAUUACCAUCAGCUACAGUGCCUACCUCAGAUUGAUGUACUACGUAUCAGCUCUACAACAAGCUGUUGCAUAUAGUAGUUUAAGUGCUGGGUUCUCUGGUAGCUUAGCUGGAGGGUUAGGUGGUGCAAUUGGCGGUGGUUUAGGUGGUGUAAUUGGCGGUGGUUUAGGUGGUUUAGGCGGUUUCGGCAGUGGUUUCGGUUCCGGCUCUGGAUUUGCUGGACGAUUCGGUGGUGGAUUUGCUGGUUCUGUUGGCGGAUCUGGAUUCGGAGGUGGUUUCGGUUCCGGCUCCGGAUUUGCUGGAAGAUUUGGCGGUGGAUUUGCUGGACAAGUUGGAGGUUCAGGAGGUCUUGGCGGAGCAGGUGGUAUCGGUGGACUUUCAGGAGGACUCUCUGGUAGAUUGAGUGGUGGACUUUCUAGCGGUUUAGGUGGUGGCAUUGGAGGAGGUGCUGGAGGAUUCGGCGGCUCUAAUAUAAUGGGAACCCUUGGCGGAAGUUUAAAUGCUAGAAUUGGCGGCGGAGGUGUUGGCAUUGGAGGUGGAAAAGGUGGAAGUUAUUAUUAAAUAACAGAUAUAUAGUAUUGGACGCCCAACGUUGAUGAACAAACAUUAUCUUGCCGUUUUUCCUGGUGUGGUGAAUUUUUGUAUAUAGAAUAAAUACUUGC